GUUUUUGUCAGAUUUGACUUUUUGUAAAAGGUUAGGAAAGGUUACUUAGUAGGUUAGAAGAACUAACAUAACAGGUUAGGAAAAUGAGGUUAAGGUUGGGAAAAGGUUAGCUAAAAUGUUAACUUUUGGCAUUAAUUUGACAAAAGCUAUAUGUUUUCUAGCCAUGACCAUACACUGACUGAAAUCAGCUUAUGUUUUAUUUGUUUUUAUUUUAAUCUUUAUUUUACUAGGCAAGUCCGUUAAGAACAAAUUCUUAUUUACAAUGACGGCCUAUACCGGCCAAACCCGGCCGAUACUGGGCCAGUUUUGCGCCGCCCAAUGGGACUCCCAAUCACGUCUGGGUGUGAUACAGCCUGGAAUUAAACCAGGGUGUCUGUAGUGACGCCUCUAGCACUCAGAUGCAGUGCCUUAGACCGCUGCGCCACUGAUAGGUGAUAGGGCCAAGAUAAAUUGGCCCUAUAGUUGGUCCAUGUACAGUUUAGACUUAGCUUUGAAGUUUAGAGUAGACAAUUGGAUGCUUGUUUAUUAUUAUCCUUUGAACUUAUUGAUCAUUUUGUUGUUAUUUGUACCCUUUUGUGAUCUGUACCCUUUCGGCCAAGAUCAUGCGAUCCUGAAGGACUGUUUAGUUGGUUAACUGGUACUGGGGGACUGAUUUAUCACUGCUUUUGGGGAACUAUAGAGCUCGCCAGCUUGCAGUCCUAAAAAACAGAAAUGAGUUUCCUCUGGUUCGUUCAGCCAUUCCUUUGGGGAAAAUGAAUGGGGAAAGAAUAGGGUUUGGGGAUAAAUGCUGAAAAUAAGGUCUGAGAUUAACACAGACUUAGCAGAUCUUAUACAUUUAGUUCUAUGAGAUGUAUUUAUUUAUUUUUAUUUCACCUUUAUUUAACCAGGUAGGCUAGUUGAGAACAUGUUCUUAUUUGCAACUGCGACCUGGCCAAGAUAAAGCAUAGCAGUGUGAACAGACAACACAGAGUUACACAUGGAGUAAACAAUUAACAAGUCAAUAACACAGUAGAAAAAAAGAGAGUAUAUAAUAUCAGUCAGUUAACAUGACCUUGAUGAAUUAUGAAGCCUUCUUUUAAAUGACAUAAAUGCUUAACAAAUCACAAAAAGUGACGUCAGUUGAUGAAGAUUAUCUCAUAGAACAACCAUGGCGGAGUUUAGUGCCUACAAAAAGACACCAUUACUAUUUCUCGCUAUUAGUUACAGAAUGGGGCCAUGAGGCUGGUGGGGGGUAAGCUGUCCUCUGAGGGCUGUGUGGAGUUCUACUAUAAUGGACAGUGGGGGACCAUGUGUGAAGACAACUCGGACAUUAUUGAGGCACAGGUGGUGUGUUGCCAUCUAACUAACCUGGUGCUCUUACUUCCGUGGUGGCUGGAAUAUACGGACAAGUUAGGUUGGAUCUGUAUAACCUCUCUUGUAUCCACUCAUCGCAGUUUUGAUUCAAUGAAGAAUAUCAGCCGUGUCUACACCCUGGACCACAACACAGGCCUUGCUAACCACAUGGGGGGGCUGUUUGAAAGUGGACAGGCGUCCAUCUUAAACGUCACAAAGGAGGAGAACUUCAUUAACUUCAACCUAGACGUUAGACUCAACUGCCGCCCUCAUUUCACCAACUUCCUAAGCCCAGAGGAUUCCUCCUUCCAGACCUCUCUGUACGAGCACUCCGUCUGUACAGGCGACCCAGUUCUGCAGGAAACCUGUCUGCGCUACCUUGCCUGGAGCUGUAAGUCACUGAGCCAUUCCCCAGCCUGGACUGGUCUUGGCCUGGGCACAGUAAAGACCCUUCUGGCCCGUUCAUACGUGGUAGUGCCAGAGGAGGCCUUCUUGCUAAAAGGUUUGGAGGACUGGGUGUUGGAUCAGGGUAACUCAUCCACCCACGAAGCCCAGGUGGCCCUUUUGGAAUGCAUCCCUUUUCCCAUGAUCGCUGCUUAAAAUAUUUUCAACUUCAAAGCUAAGUCUAAACUGUACAUGGACCAACUAGAGUUGUAUGAUGCCGGCAUGUUGCAGGCUGUUCAGUUCAAUGCGCUGCCCUUCCGGAUGCUGCUUGGGAACCUCCUCCAUAAAAAAGUGGAAUACACACCCAGGAUCUACACUGGCAAGCCAUGACUCAGAGCCUCCUUCAACACCCCUGUGCACAACAGUGCUUAUUUUGCCCUGUUUAAAAAGCUAAACUGGCAUACCAGCGUGUAUAUCCACAACCAUGAAUGCUCAAACAACUAUUUCCACUGUGUAACGCUGCCAAUGGUCUCACAAACUGCCCAGAAUAACAGGAAGCUGCCCAAAGAAUACCAGGAUGGCAUCCGUUACCUCAACAAGGUUGUCCUGAUGUGUGAAGGGGAGUAUAGAUUCCAUGUCCAGGAUUUCACUGUUGGCUGAGUCAAAAUCCCAGUCAAUAGUAGUGUGGUCCAUUUACAUUUACUAGUGCUACUCAGACCAGUUCUCUUACCGCGUGGUGGUUCAGUCUGAGUACACCUCUGAGAUCAAGCAGAAUGAACAGGAAGUAGAGGAUGAGGAAGAUGAGAAAAUAGAGUGGACAGGUUACAAAAAAAAAUGUUUUUUUUGUGUUGAAUUCCUCUGUAUUCAAGUAUAAGAAAGCAAUUCACUUAAAAUGUUAAUUGUAUGUAAUCUUUGUUGUUAACCCAUCCAAUCAUUUUCUGAAUGUAUCUUCCAGGAGACAUCGUAUCAUUCCAAUUUCAGUCUACUUUGGAAAAUGUGGGGCAUGUUCAGAACAAUAAUAAACUUGUUUUUAAUAAUUA